AUGCUGAUCAAAGUUAAGACCUUAACAGGAAAAGAAAUUGAACUUGAUAUUGAACCAAAUGACAGAGUUGACAGAAUUAAAGAAAAGGUUGAAGAGAAGGAAGGUAUUCCACCACCACAACAACGUUUAAUUUUUGCUGGUAAGCAAAUGAAUGAUGACAAAACUGCUGCUGACUAUAAGGUUCAAGGAGGAUCAGUGCUCCAUUUAGUGCUUGCACUACGUGGUGGUUUUUAA